UCCUAAAGUGGGGGAGCCAAAAGGGAUGGGUGAUCUACGUCCAAUCAGCCUGUGUAAUGUGAUAUAUCGGAUUAUUGCUAAGGUUCUUGCAAAUAGAUUGAAACAAGUGUUGUCGAGAGUGAUUUCGGUUGAGCAAAGUGCUUUCUUGCCUGGUCGACAGAUUACAGACAAUGUACUUGUAGCCUUCGAAGCGCUCCAUUAUAUGAAUUCUAGGCGGGAGCAACAACGAGGGUGGCAAGCCAUCAAGCUCGACAUGAGUAAGGCAUAUGAUAGGGUGGAGUGGAGAUAUCUAGAAGCUGUAAUGGUGGCGUUGGGUUUCGAUGAGAGGUGGACUGGGUUGAUUAUGCAAUGUGUUAGUACAGUGGAGUAUGAAAUCCUCUUAAAUGGGAGGGAGGCAGGUCGAAUCGUGCCCACUCGUGGGUUGCGCCAAGGGGAUCCAUUGUCCCCAUACCUCUUUAUUUUAUGUGCAGAAGGUCUCACGAGCAUGAUCAAAGAUGCUGAGAAUCAAAGGCUGCUCCACGGGAUCAGGGUAUGUCGACGGGCCCCUACUAUUUCCCAUUUACUUUUUGCUGAUGAUAGCCUUUUCUUUCUGAGAGCAACAGUGAAGGAAGCAGAAGUAGUGCAGCAGAUUUUGAAGAGGUAUAAAGAGGCUUCAGGCCAAGUUGUGAACUUCCAUAAAUCAUCUAUUUUGUUCAGUAGGAAUGUUCAACGAAGGGUACAGAAUCAAAUUAGUCAGUUGCUAGCUGUACAGGAGGUAGAGCAUCAUGGCCGUUACUUAGGUCUUCCUACCCAUAUUGGGAGAUCAAAAGUGGACGCUUUUGCAAGUUUAAAAGGCAAAUUUUGGGCGAGGAUUAAGGAGUGGCAGGAGCAGUCUCUCUCACGGGCGGGUCGUCUUGUGCUCAUCAAAUCUAUGUUGCAAUCUUUGCCCACUUAUAUUAUGAGUAUUUUUAAACUCCCCAUUACUCUCUGUAAAGCCUUGGAGAGUAUCAUGGGGAGAUAUUGGUGGGGAGGGGGCAAAGACAGUCACAAGAUCCAUUGGGUAGAAUGGAGGAGAUUGACGAGACCAAAGAGGGAAGGGGGUUUGGGCUUUCGGUCGCUUCACGAGUUUAAUAUGGCCAUGCUAGCCAAGCAGGGUUGGAGAUUGAUGAGAGAGCCAAACUCGCUAGCUGCUAGAGUUUUAAAGGCAAAAUACUUUCGUAGAACUGACUUUCUACAUUCAAGAGAAGCAUAUAGUGCUAGCCUGACAUGGAAGGGCAUCUGGGAGGCAAGAUAUAUCCUUCAAGCAGGUUGUCGUAGGCGUAUCGGAAAUGGUAGAAGCACUAGGGUGUGGGAAGACCCAUGGCUUCCUGGUUCAUCAUGCUUUAAUGUUGUGACUCCUAGAGCAAAUGGGUGUGAGGUGGAAUGGGUUUCAGAAUUGAUUGAUGAUGUUACGCAUAGCUGGAGGAGGGAAUUAGUGUAUCAACUCUUUUCAGAGUAUGAGGCACAGUUAGUUUUGUCUAUCCCACUAGGCUGGAGAAGUUUGGAGGAUGAUUGGGUUUGGCAGCAUACAAGAGAGGGGUGUUACUCGGUGAAAUCAGGUUAUCAUGUGGCCUGUCACUCUCAUCAGAAUCCUCAGCAACCAUCCUCCUCUGCAGGCGAGUUUCGAGGACAGAUUUUGUGGAGGUUGGAGCUACCGGAGAGGAUUAAAGUUUUCCUGUGGAGUGCUUAUAGGGAUAUACUCCCAACAAAGGAAAACUUACGUAAGAGACGGGUGGACAUUGAUAACUAUUGUCCAGUUUGUGGAGAGAUGGCUGAAACAGGGGUGCAUGUUCUGAAGGAUUGCCAAUUUGCACGAGCUGUAUGGUUGGGGAGUCAGUUAAAUCUUCGUGCGGCGGAUAUGCAAGUGGAUAGUUUCGCUGAAUUUUUUGACACAGUUGCUCUCACGGUUGACCAGAGGAAGCUUGCGUUGUUUGGGGUAGUCUGCUGGUCUCUGUGGAACAAUCGCAAUGAUAUAUUAUGGGAGAGUAAGAGGCAACAACCACAGCACGUUUGCGAGAUGGCAGUUCGUUUUCUGCAAGAGUACGGUGAAGCUGUAAGACACAAAUGUGGGACGCGUGGAGGACCAAGGAGAGGGGAGAUUAAGUGGGAACCACCAGAUGAAUCACAUUUUAAGGUGAAUGUGGAUGGGGCUUUGUUCCAGAACUCCAAGGAAUUUGGUGUUGGAGCGGUGGUGCGUGAUUGUAAUGGGGAGGUAAUUGCAGCUAUGUCAUGCCGUCGACAAGGGACUCUCCAAGUUGAGGCGGUGGAGGCCUAUGGCCUGCGUGGAGCGUUGCAGUGGGCUUACGAACUGGGCUUAAGGAAGAUUAUUGUUGAGUGUGAUUGUGCGGUUGUCGUACAGUGGUUGGGGUCUCAACAUGCAGUGUUGUUAUCAGAGUUAGGGGGAGUGUUGGCAGACUGUAAAGGCUUGAUGGAUAGAUUUAACGAAUGUCGAGUGCAACAUGUUCGAAGGGCAGGGAAUCAAGUGGCUCACGAAUUGGCACGCAGAGCUGAAUAUAUUGCAGGAGACGAGUUUUGGGUUGAAGAGGUUCCUGAUCCAAUCAAGGCUUUUGUACUAAAUGAUAUGGCUUAGUCUGUAUGGAGUACACCUUCCUCAUUUUUGAGGCAUGAAAUAAUAUUCAGUAGUAUUG